AUGACUUCCGCUCUUCCUUUGUCCGAUGACAUCCCUCUCCAUUUUGCAGAAUGCCUUCCGCUCUUCCUUUUGUCCGAUGACAUCCACUCUCCAUUUUGCACAAUGUCUUCCGCUCUUCUUUUUUCUCCGAUGACAUCCACUCCCCCGUUUUGCCUUCGGCUCUUCCUUUUGUCUUCCAAUAUCCUCCUUUUGUCCGAUGAUAUCUGUUCCGCGUUUUGCCUGAUGCCUUCCACUUUCCUUUUGUCCGAUGACUCUCAUUUUGCAGAAUGCCUUCAAUUUUGCCAGAUGCCUUCUCUCCUCCUCAUUUUCCAGAAUAAUGCCUUCCGCUCUCUCUUUUGUCCGAUGACAUCCACUCUCCAUUUGCAGAGAAUACUCUUCUUUUGUCUUCUCCAUUUUGCAGAAUGCCUUUCCUUUUGUCCGAUGACAUCCCUCUCCAUUUUGCACAAUGCCUUCCGCUCUCUUUUGUCCGAUGACAUCCACUCUCCAUUUUGCAGAAUGCCUUCGCUCUUCCUUUUGUCCGAUGACAUCCCUCUCCAUUUUGCACAAUGCCUUCUGCUCUCUCUUUUGUCCGAUGACAUCCACUCUCCAUUUUGCACAAUGCCUUCUGCUCUUUCUUUUUGUCUAAUGACAUCCAAUCUCCAUUUUACACAAUGCCUUCUGCACUUCCUUUUGUCCGAUGACAUCCAUUCUCCAUUUUGCACAAUGCCUUCCACUCUUCCUUUUAAUGCCUUCCGCUCUCUCUUUUGUCCGAUGACAUCCACUCUCCAUUUUGCAGCAUGCCUUCUGCUCUUUCUUUUGUCCGAUGACAUCCACUCUCCAUUUUGCACAAUGCCUUCCGCUCUCUCUUUUAAUGCCUUCCGCUCUCCCUUUUGUCCGAUGACAUCCACUCUCCAUUUUGCACAAUGUCUUCCGCUCUUCUUUUUCUCCGAUGACAUCCACUCCCCGUUUUGCACAAUGCCUUCCACUCUUCCUUUUGUACGAUGGCAUCUGCUCUCCAUUUUGCACAAGAAUGCCUCCCGCUCUCUCUUUUGUCCGAUGACAUCCGCUCUCCAUUUUGCAGAAUGCCUUCCGCUCUUCCUUUUGUCCGAUGACAUCCACUCUCCAUUUUGCACAAUGCCUUCCGCUCUCUCUUUUAAUGCCUUCCGCUCUUCCUUUUGUCCGAUGACAUCCACUCUCCAUUUUGCACAAUGCCUUCCGCUCUCUCUUUUGUCUGAUGACAUCCGCUCUCCAUUUUGCAGAAUGCCUUCCGCUCUUCCUUUUAAUGCCUUCCGCUCUUUCUUUUGUCCGAUGACAUCCACUGUCCAUUUUGCAGAAAGCCUUCCGCUCUCACUUUUGUCCGAUAACAUCCACUCUCCAUUUUGCACAAUGCCUUCCGCUCUUCUUUUUCUCUGA